AUGGACACCGCAUCGCACGUGAACGAGCUGGAAACGAUCAAUAGGAACGCAGACUUUAUGGAGGCAGUAGGAGAUCCGGAUGAGGAUGAAGAACCUUUAGUACUCCUAGAAGCAAUAAGUGACGAUGAAUUGGAGGAUCAAAACGAUACCGAUCGAGACGGGGAGUUGCAGGAGACGCCAGAGCAAGCUGCGGGAGAGUACGACAGAAUGAUUGCCGAGCUGGAGAGGAAGAAGCGUGGUAGACCUCGCAGGUACGAAGGACAAAUCGAAAACCCGAACGAUGCACGAAUGCGCUGUAUAUUCUGUAACAUACGCGGAGACCACUAUUCAGAUUCCUGCACUGUCUACUCGACUCUCAAGGCACGCACGUUACGCAUCAACCAGACAAAAAUCUGUAAAAAGUGUCUAGACCGCUACUGUCCUAAAGGAGAGAAUUGCAAAAAACACCACGCAACGUGCUACCAUUGUGGCGACUCUGGACAUAAUUCUGCCUUCUGUCCUCUACCUGAGGAAAAUCAGCGAACCGAGGAUCAAAUAAGUUACUUACGCCGUAAACGUGACGAAGCGAGAGAGCUCAUCAGGAGGAUCUCAAGUGGUCUUACACGCCGUGGCAUUGACGCCUAA